AUGCCUCGUCGAUCUGCUACUUCCCUUUCCACCAACGACACCAACUCUUCGUCUACCUCUGGAAAGGGCGCCAUCGCCAACAAAGCACCCGCCUCCAAACCCAACCGCUUCAGCCAGCUCUUUUCAACAUCUCCUAAGUCCUCAAAGCCCGACCCUCAGACUGCACAGGCCUCUCUCCAGGCUGCCGGCGGGAACUUCCACCCUCAUAUCGUCUCUCCGCCGAUCAGUUCGGCAUCACUGUCAUUACCGACUAUCUCGCUAUCGACGGCUACUGCGGGUAAUCCCAACAUGGACGAGCCCCCCACCACUCUCUUUCAACCUCCAUCGCCCGAGGAGGCUCGUCGCCAGGCCAAGCAGCAUGCUCAGUUCGGUCCCAUCGGUCAUGCCAGCCACAGAUACUCGAGCCGACAUCCUGGUGGUGUCUUUCCGGAGCCGGUGAUGGACGAGCCGCCCUAUUAUUAUCUCCUCACCACCUAUAUCAGCUACUUAAUUCUAAUCGCCUUCGGACACGUUCGUGACUUCUUCGGAAAGCGCUUCCGCGAGGAGAGCUACCGCCACCUGAAGCCUCGGAAUGGGUAUGGUGCCCUCAACAGCGAUUUCGACAACUUCUAUGUGCGUCGUCUUAAAUUGCGAAUCAAUGACUGCUUCGAACGACCUGUUACUGGUGUCCCUGGCAGAUACAUCACCUUGAUCGAUCGCGCCACCGAUGACCACAACAAACACUUCUAUUUCACGGGAACUACUACCGAUACCUUGAACUUGAGCUCUUACAACUAUCUUGGAUUUGCCCAAUCGGAAGGUCCUUGUGCUGAUCUUGUAGAAGAGACUAUUCGGAAGUAUGGCAUCAGUGCUCCGAGCACUCGUGCUGAGGUCGGAACGCAGGAUCUUCAUGCGGAAGUGGAGACUCUGGUCGCCAAGUUUGUGGAUAAGGAAGCCGCAAUGGUUUUCUCCAUGGGUUUCGGCACUAAUGCCAACGUCUUCCCCGCCUUGGUCGGCAAGGGUUGCCUGAUCAUUUCCGAUGAAUUGAACCAUGCAUCGAUCCGGUUUGGCGCACGUCUUUCCGGCGCUUCUAUCGGUAUGUUCAAGCACAAUGAUAUGAAGGACUUGGAGGCGAAGCUGCGCGAAGCGAUUUCUCAGGGCCAACCACGUACACAUCGCCCAUGGAAGAAGAUCCUGGUCGUCGUUGAAGGUCUUUACUCAAUGGAAGGGUCCAUGUGCAACCUCCCUGGUCUCAUUGCUCUGAAGCGGCGCUACAAGUUCCACCUUUUCGUGGAUGAAGCACACUCCAUCGGCGCGGUUGGUCCCAAAGGAAAGGGUGUCUGUGACUACUUCAGCAUUGAUACAAGCGAAGUUGACAUUCUGAUGGGAACAUUCACCAAGUCAUUCGGUGCCAAUGGAGGGUAUAUCGCCGCCGAUAAGGUGAUGAUCGAUAAACUUCGCGCGACUAACUCCGGCGUGUUUUAUGGAGAGGCACCAGCCCCUGCUAUCCUGGUACAAAUAUCUUCUGCCCUCCGCAUCAUCAACGGCGAGAUUGUUCCAGGACAGGGUGAGGAGCGGCUGCAGCGCUUGGCCUUCAACUCCCGAUACCUUCGUCUAGGGUUGAAGCGUCUUGGCUUUAUAGUGUACGGUCACGACGAUUCGCCAAUUAUUCCUGUGCUCCUCUUCAACCCUGCCAAGAUGCCCGCCUUCUCCCAUGAAAUGCUUCGACGCAAGAUCUCUGUUGUCGUGGUUGGCUAUCCCGCAACACCACUCGUAUCUUCGCGAGCUCGCUUCUGUGUCUCUGCCGCGCAUACCAAAGAAGACCUUGACCGUGUUUUGACUGCUUGUGAUGAGAUUGGUAAUGUCCUGCAACUCAAGUUUUCCACUGGCAUUGCAGGAGGCGCUCUCACCGUGGAGGAGAACAUGUGCCCUCCGCCAGAGAAGGAAACGGAAUUGCAUCGCAGGCGUGCGUCAAGAUACGUCGCUCCGCGCUGGCGGAUUGAGGAUGUAAUUCGCCGCGGUGUACAAGACGUCCAGUCACCGCUGUAUUGA